UCGUGAAAACACACAAAGUUUGCGGGUAGUGUUUUAAACUACACCGAUUUUUAAGCAAGUAAAAGUGUUUUUUACUCAUAUUUGAACAAGCAUGGCAGGUUUAGAGUCAAUGAUCGUCGAAGAAAAGCAAUUACCGCCAAAAGCGGUCGAUCGGGAGAAGACGUGCCCACUUUUGCUGCGAGUUUUCUGCUCAACCGGCCGGCAUCACUCGGCGAACGAGUACGCCUACGGAAAUGUGCCGUCGAACGAGUUGCAAAUCUACACCUGGAUGGACGCGACGCUGCGCGAGCUGACGACACUCGUACGAGACGUGAAUCCAGAGACGCGCCGGAAAGGCACGUACUUCGACUUUGCCAUCGUGUCCCCGGAUCGCACGUCGAACUAUCGGAUGCGCGAGAUCGGCGUUACCUGCUCUGGCCAGAAGGGUGCAGACGACUCGAAAACGUUGGCGCAGGCCAAGUUCACCAUAGGCGAUUUUAUGGACAUCAACAUAACUCCACCGAACCGCAUCCCGCCACCCCGUAGACAGCGACCAUUCUAGGAUCUUUCGGAAGUUUCUGACCGGAGACAAUAUGUGUGUUUGUGUGUAAUAGUUCAGGAAAGAAAGUGGACAAAUACGGAUUUAAGGAGAAAGUCUCGUAAAUCAUGUGGCACCGAUGAAAGACGUAGUGGCAUCGUGCGAACAACCGACGAGAAAGACCAUGUAGAUUUUUAUUAAAUCGAACCAAUCGUUAUUUGGAAGCAUUUUUCGGUAAGGCAAACAGAAGACAAACUUGGUAGCCUUGGAAUGAUUUUCCAAGCGACUUUAACAACUAACCAACCACACAACAGUCAUAUUGUAUCGUAAAACCUUUAUUUCGCGUCUCACUCCCCAGCAGGCGUUUGAUGUAAUUUAUCGCAUCAUUAAUUAAGUCUUAGAAAAGUACGAACUAAAGUGUAGAUCCCUCGGUACGAUAAGCGCAUGUGUGUAAUAAAUACAACCUUUCUGCUACAUCAACUAU